AUGGCAGCGCCAUCCAGGCUUCUGAUCCGCGGGGGUCGCGUGGUCAACGACGACUUCUCGCAGGUGGCCGACGUGCUGGUGGAGGACGGCGUGGUGCGGGCGCUGGGUCGCGACCUGCUGCCCCCUGGGGGGGAGCCCGCCGGGCUGCGGGUCCUCGACGCUGCAGACAAGCUCGUCCUGCCCGGCGGCAUCGACACGCACACUCACAUGCAGUUCCCCUUCAUGGGCACAAGGUCCGUCGACGACUUCCACCAGGGCACCAAGGCUGCCCUGGCAGGAGGCACCACCAUGAUCAUCGAUUUUGCCAUUCCUCAGAAAGGCAGCUCCCUCAUCAAAGCCUUUGAGACCUGGCGAGGCUGGGCUGAUCCCCAAGUCUGCUGCGACUACAGCCUUCACGUGGCAGUGACAUGGUGGAGUGACCAGGUCAAAGAAGAAAUGAAAAUCCUUACUCAAGAGAAAGGUGUGAACUCCUUCAAGAUGUUUAUGGCCUACAAAGAUGUGUACAUGGUGAGCGAUGGCGAGCUGUACGCAGCCUUCUCUCGGUGCAAGGACAUCGGAGCGAUCGCCCAGGUCCAUGCGGAGAACGGAGACCUGAUCGCACAGGAAGCAAAGAAGAUGCUGGCUUUGGGGAUAACAGGCCCCGAGGGCCAUGAGCUGUGCCGCCCAGAAGCGGUGGAGGCCGAGGCCACGCUGAGAGCCGUCACCAUCGCGGGCGCCGUGGGCUGCCCCCUGUACAUCGUGCACGUGAUGAGCAAGUCUGCGGCGAAGGUGAUCGCGGACGCCAGGAGAGACGGGAAGGUGGUCUAUGGAGAACCCAUAGCAGCAAGUCUGGGCACAGAUGGCACUCACUACUGGAAUAAAGACUGGCACCAUGCAGCCCACCAUGUUAUGGGACCACCUUUGAGACCAGACCCUUCAACUCCUGACUACCUCAUGAAUCUAUUGGCUAAUGGUGAUCUAACCACAACAGGGACUGACAACUGCACUUUCAACACCUGCCAGAAAGCUCUUGGGAAGGAUGAUUUUACCAAGAUUCCCAACGGUGUGAAUGGUGUUGAGGACCGGAUGUCAGUGAUAUGGGAAAAAGGCGUGCACAGUGGUAAAAUGGACGAAAACCGAUUUGUGGCAGUUACCAGCACAAAUGCAGCUAAAAUCUUUAAUCUCUAUCCAAGAAAAGGAAGAAUAGCUGUAGGAUCAGAUGCUGACAUUGUGAUUUGGGACCCAAAAGCCACGAGGACGAUCUCAGCGAAAACUCACCAUCAGGCUGUUAACUUCAACAUCUUCGAGGGCAUGGUUUGCCAUGGGGUGCCCCUAGUGACUAUUUCCAGAGGCAAAGUGGUAUAUGAAGCCGGAGUUUUCAAUGUCACAGCAGGAGAUGGGAGGUAUAUUCCUCGCAAACCAUUUGCUGAAUAUAUUUACAAAAGGAUCAAGCAGCGGGACCAGACUUGCACACCUACCCCUGUGAAGCGUGAACCCUAUAAGGGAGAAGUUGUCACACUGAAAUAG